CCCGCGAGUGUGCAUGCCGACGCCGGCCGCCGUGCCGCCGCAUGCUGCUGCACUGCGCGUGCGCGGGCCCUCCGGCGCGCAAGCACCGCCCCAAGACGCAGUGGUAUGUCAAGCAGCCGACCUGGAGACUGUGGGGCGAGGAGCGCGUGGAGGGUGCUCUCUACACCGUCUACCUCAAGAAGGUGCGAUACCACCGCCCGACGCGAAGCGUCUCUUCCGAUUCAGAUGAUGAAAUAUCACACCUAGAGUGGGAGACUGUCCGUGUUCGAUUUGUGAAAGCAGGCACCUUGGAGAAACUUGUUGAGAGUUUAGCAACUGAUGAUGGUGAACUUGAAUCUACUUAUAUUAAUGUCUUCCUGACCACAUACAGAACUUUUGCCAGUGCUCGACAAGUGCUCACUCUGCUGCUUGACAGGUAUGAACAGCUAGCAAAUGGUAAACUCGACUUACCUGAGGCAGUAAUGGAACAACAUAUGAAGACUCUAGUCCUUGCGUUGCAUGUGUGGCUGGAUUCAUUUCCUGAAGACUUCAGAGAUCCCCCAAUGCAUCCUACUCUUCAUCAGCUGCUAUACUUCUGCCAACAGUAUCUACCUGAAUCAGAACUUGAAGUAAAAGUGCGGCACAGGCUUGACAGGUUCAACAAGGAAGACCAAAUGUUAGAUUAUUCAGAAUAUUGUUCUGGCAGCUUAUGUUUUCAUCCUUCCCUUGUCAAUGGCAACUCUGCUCACUUUUAUCACUUUCCUGAUGUACCUGAGAGGCAUUUUGCUGAACAGCUGACUAGAAUGGACAGUGAGCUGUUCAAAAAACUUGUUCCUCACCAAUGCCUUGGUGCCAUUUGGUCACGACGUGACAAGAACAGAAGCCAUGAAGCUGCAACAGUGCUGGCCACUGUAAAUCAGUUCAAUGCUGUUUCAUUCCGUGUCAUCAGUACAGUCCUUAUGGAUCCUGACAUCCGACCAAGUGAAAGGGCAAAGGUGAUAACAACAUGGAUAGACAUUGCUCAGGAGUUAAGAAUACUGAAAAAUUUCUCAUCAUUAAAAGCAAUCAUUUCUGGGCUACAGUCAAAUCCUGUGUAUAGACUGCAGAAAUCAUGGCAGCUUCUACCCAGGGAGAAGGUGGAACUGUUUGAAGAACUAGCCAGGAUAUUUAGUGAGGAUAAUAAUCAGUGGGCUCAGCGUGAACUACUUAUGCGAGAAGGAACAGCAAAAUUUGCUGACACAGUUGGUGAAAAUGACAGGCAGUUACAAAAAGUAAUCCAGCGGCAGCAUAAUAAUAGUGGAAGUAUAAGCCAUGGGACAAUUCCAUAUCUUGGCACAUUUUUGACUGAUCUCACAAUGAUAGAUACAGCUAUACCAGACACGGUUGCUGAUGGUCUUAUAAAUUUUGACAAAAGAAGAAAGGAAUUUGAAGUAUUAGCCCAGAUAAAAUUACUUCAGGGAGCAGCAAAUGCGUAUAACAUUCCUGAUGAUCCAAUGUUUGAUCGCUGGUUUGAUUCAGUUCUGGUACUUGAUGACAGAGAAGCAUAUGAAUUAUCAUGCCAGAUAGAGCCACCCAUACCAGGACAAGGACAGUCUGUUAUGGGCACUGUCAGAGAGCACAGAAAUAAAAGACGACCAGGACUGGGGCAUCGGAAAAAUGAUUCCAUUGCAAGUACAUCUAGUAGUUCUAGCAGUCAGUUUUAUUGUGACCUGGAUAGCCUCCCCUCGUCACCACAUAACUCACUAGACAGAAAGACAUCGCCAUCACAAAUGUCAUCCUCAUCCAGCAGUUCUUCCUUGCCAUCACUUGAUGUAUCUAUGAGCAGCAGCAACACAAAUACUUCAGCUGGAAAUCAAAGCAACAGUACUACCAGCAAGUCAUUAACUGUACCUUCUCAGAUGCACAGUCCUGCUCAAAAUAAGUUGCACGACUUUUACAUCAUACGUGUCACAGUUGAGACAAGUUCAGUUGAAACAGAAGGUAUUGUGCUGUACAAGAGCAUAAUGCUAAGCAACAAUGAGCGUACUCCACAAGUUAUACGAAAUGCUAUGCUGAAGCUGGGUCUGGAGGGGAACCCAGAUUCAUACACACUUGCACAGGUGUUACCAGAUAAAGAAAUGGUUCUUCCACCAAAUGCAAAUGUCUACUAUGCAGUCAACACAGCAUACAAUCUGAACUUCAUCCUUAGGCCUAAGGCAAGCAAAGAAUUGGAUUCAGCUAGCCGAACCAAACAACCCAAGAAGUCAAGUUCUACAUGAGCUAAUAUAUAACCUGAAGUCAAAGAAUAAAUAUUUGUGGAAGGCAGUGAUGGUACUAGCUUCAUGAGUUAAAAACUUAUGAUAAUAUGCCUCAUGCCCAGCUCGGUGCCUCUAAGAACAAUUUCUUGUUUCUGGGAGACAUUUCUUCUCAUUUUCAGCUGCUUGAGUAAACCAAUCGGUGGAGCUCAAAGCACCUGUCAUAAAUGGGUUAUAGAGGACAGUGGUUUUUAAGAGACUGAAUUUGAAUUUUAGGGAACUAAAAAGUGAAAAAGUUAAAUUAUUAUGAAGUGGUUACCGCCUCCUCGGCAAGUAACAAUGUUCUUUCUUGAAAUGUGUAACUUUUUAAGUUCUACUUGUACUUAAAAGAGAACAUUGACUGCAUCAUUGCAUGUACAAAUUUUAGCAUUUUAUCAGAUGACUAUUUCAUUUAUUUGUGCUUUACUGUGAAUUUAUGCAUGCCUCCUUGCACUCUUAAGAGGAUUAUGGAUUGCCAUGCACAAUUAUAUGAAGUAAUGGGUGACAGAUCUGGUUUUAAAUAGAGGUGAAGUUUGAAAAUUGUUAGUAAUAUUUUUCUGGAGCUGUAAAACAAACUAGAUUAGUGGCAUUAUAGCGACAAUUGAAUAGGUAAUUGGUGUAGUAAAUCAAAUGAGAGGCAUAAUUUUAUAAGCGCACCAUUCAGUUUAAACCAAAGAGCAGUUAUACUGGUUUUGUGGUGCUAUAUCUAAUAAGUGACUGAAUUUGUGGAGGGGAAAAUCUGGAGAUGACAGCUAAAUAUAUAUCCAGUAAGAGUCAAAGAGCAGUUGUGAUGUUGCUCUUGUUGCUAUUGUUACUGUGGGUCUAGACCAAAGUCCAAUUUGAAGCAGUCUCCAUGGUAGUCUGCAGUGUGCAAGCCUCUUCAUCUCUGAAUAACUAUUUCAGCCUACAUCCUUUGGAACCUGGCUGCUGUAGUCAAGCCUUGAUCUCCGUCUACAGUUUUUCUCCUUCUCAUUUUCUCCAUUACCAACUUGAUUAUCCUUUGUCUCAGCAUGUGUCCUGUUAACCAACUCCUUCAUUUAAACAAAUUGUGCCAUAAAGCUUUUUUUCCUGCCCCUUCAUUAUUUAUCCAAUCCGAUCAUCAUCAGCAUUCCAUUGCUUCAAAUUUCAAAAGCUCCAAUUGUCUUCUUGUCCAUACUGUUUACAUCCGUCUUUAACUUCCAUAUAAGGCUACCCAUUCCAUACUGCUACCUUUAGAAAACAUUUCCUAACACUCUAAUUUAUAUGAGAUGUAAACAGAUUUCUCUUUUUCUGGAACACUUUUCUUGCCAUUGUUAGUUUCAUUUUAUAUCCUCAGCCUUUGUCAGUUAUUUUGCUACCCACAUAGAAAACUCAACUUUCAGUAUGCCAUUUCCCAAUCUAAUUCCAUCAUCACCACCUGGUCUAAUUCAACUACAUUCCAUUACCCUUUUUAUUUACUUUUGUUGUUAUUGAUCGUACAGCCUCUCCUCAAGACACUAUCUGUGCCAUUCAACGUAAGUUCCAAGUCCCUUGCUGUCUCUGAUGGGACUAUUAUGUCAUCACCAAACCUUAAUAUUUUUAUGUUUUCUCUCUUCUGAACUUUAAUUCUCUUUCCAAAUUUCUAUUUGUUUUCCUUCACAGUCUGCUCAGUGUGUAGACUGAAUAAAUACAGGGGGCAGCCUACAACACUGACUCUCUCCCUUUUCAAUUACUGCCACCCUUUCUGAGGUUUGCUUCUAUGAGUGUUUCUAUACUGUAAAUAAUUUGCGUUUGUGUUUUUCAGUUAUUACUUAUUAAACUGAUGUUUCAGUAAUAUUCGCACUGGCAUUCUCAAAAUAAAUAAAUAAUUUUUUUAAAAAUAUUUAUUGUAACAGUCUCGGUGAAUAUAGUCCCACUUGAUUACUAUUUUCAAUCACGUCAAAUGAUCAUCAUCUUAUCUGAAAAUAAAAUAAAACAUUUAUAUCUAAGAACACCAAUGACUUUGCUGAUAGUGCCAAACAUAUUUCAGUACAGUAGAUGCACUGCUUGCAUCAUUUAAUGAACUUAUUUAGUAUUAACAUUUUAUAUCAUUUUUAGAUCUGAAGAUGAUCAUUACAAGUGACUGAAACUACUUAUCAAGUGUGAUUAUUCAAACUGAGACUAUUAUAACAAAUAUUUUAAAAAAAUUGAACAGUUGCAGACUCUCUCAUGACAAUAAUGCCUUCCUUUACUAAAAUAAAUAAAUAAAUAAACAAACAAACAAAAAUUAGCAGUUAGAACAAGGAACUCAAAAAUAAUGCUAAGAUACUGAAGACAUAAUGUUGCCAGCAAACCUAUUGGACAGUGUAGUUCUAAAAACAUGACUAUAAAUUGAUGGAAAGUUGGGAAGACAGAGUAGAUAAAAAUAAAUAAAAUGUGUCAAAUGAGCAGCAACAAUAACAAUAAAACAACCACCAUCUUCAUUAUCAUCACCAGCAUCUAGUACGUAAAUAACUUUGCUGGCGAAGGGUGAUUUUUAUGUGGUGUGGGCAGCUGCUGCAUAAAAGUAAGAUUUUAAAAACUCAGGUUAUCUGCAGGCUCUUCAGUGCAUAUUAAAUUAGAAUUGUGGAAUAAAAAAUCCCUUCACUCUCCUCAGUUGGACUUGUCACCCAGUGCUUCAACUGUCUGGUAAAUGGUAGUGACCCAUCUCCCUCUUGAGUGACUUGUGUCUUCAGACAUUUCCAGGCAUGCUAACUGAAAUCUCUCCAAUGGACUGUGAUAGUGUGUUCAGUUUUGUAUAAAUAUUGUAACUCAUUUUCUUGUAGUCUCUGGUCACAAGUUCAAGGAUAAAUGUGGACCAAUGUAGAUAUUUGUACAUUUUUAUUGUAUAAUAUGAAAUGUAUAUAUAUUGUGUAAGUGUGAUUUGUGUAUGUGAUAAGUGUAUGAUGUUUUAAUUACUCUAGUGUGAUGCUCAGGAAUCUUUGUGUUAUUAUUACCACAAGGCAUAUGUAUGUAAAUAUUAGAUAGUAUUAAAACUGAAAUGAGAAACAACUGUUAUUUGGGUUACAGUUGUUGGUUUUCCAGUUUUAAUAUGGAGUCUGAGAUUCCUCAAUGGUCAUAACAAAACCAGUAUUAAAAAGAAAAAAACACACUCAUUACUUGAUUUUCCUAUAAUGCCCAUUAAAUGUGUGUUUGUAAGUGACAGAGCCAACAUAUGAUCAAAUAUGUCACUACAAAAAUGGAAAUGCAAAUUCCAGUAUACCUGAAUGAUGAGUGUAAAAACUGUUCUUGUAGGAAGGCCUGUUGAAUGACUAAGAAAUGUUUUAGAAACAACUUUCAAUUCAGUUAAAUACUGAAAACUGAUGUGAAUACAACAGUGCAUAAUUAACAAGAAUGUGCAUUUUAGUCGGCAUUUCAGAUGUCAUUAUGAAAUGCGCCAAUUCAUAAUGCAGACUGAUGAGUUUUCCACAGAAGUGUCACUCAUACCAAUGAAAAUUCAACAUAAUGUUUAGUCUUUACAAAUUGCCACAAAUGAGUGAAUAAAAGGCUGCUACAAUCUGCAAAUAACAAGUCAUGAUAAUUCUAUAGAGAAUUGUUUCUUCCAUAGAUUAUGUGAAAAUACAUAGAUCUAAUGCCUGAUAAUUAAUUGAAUUGAUGUUAAACAUUAUAAGCCCAGUAUUAUUCUUCUACUUGAUGAGCUCCUCAUCAAGCAUACAAAUAGGGGAGGCACCUAAAUGUGUCUGCCUAUUUUACAAUGGUAUAAACCACUUUUCUCCGUAUCAUAAUUUCCGAAAACAAGCUGUCAACAAAGAGAUCUUUCUUGUUAGUUAUGUUAUCUCUUCAGGAAUGGUGUAAUUCACUCACAUAAUUCAGCUAUUAAAAUUUUUCUUUAUGCUUAAGUUUUUCUAGGUUAAAUUUAAUAUGAAAGUAAGGUAAAUUUGAAGAAUGACAACCUGCACACUCUUGUUGGUAUGUACAGCUUCUUUAUUCCAUCUACACUGAAGUUUAAAGGAACCUUUCAGUGUGACAUCAUCUUAUGGAAUGGAAGAUAUGAAAUAGUAUGAAUCUCAGAAUUAAUGGUGCCUGUUUGCUCACAUAAUCUGGUGCCAAUUUUAUGUGAUGAAAUGUCUUUUUUAGUCAUACAUGUAUGUGCAAUAUGUUAAGAUAAUAUCUCAACUAUA